CUGCACCACACAAGAGUAGCAGCAGACGGGUGGGCAGGUGGCCUGAGAUGAAAAAUCCUGAGCUCUACUUUUAUUUUUACGGCUGUAGUGAAAGACUGUUUAUUUAUUUGUGGAUUUACAAUAGACUGUGAUGAUAUUUUCAUGCCGACCUGCGCAGAAAACAACACAAUGGAGGCUCACUGAAGAUUCAAACACAUUCAGAUUUGUGUUAUGUGUAUCUUUUGAUUUCCCGUCUCAUUUAAAGCAAAAAAAGGAGGAAUUCCGCCUUUGUCAGCUCUUCUCGUUCCUGUUGGGGCUUUCACUGUUUUGUGAAAGGAGCUACAAUAAGGAAGGAAGAGUGAGAGACAACGAAGACAGACUCCGAGAGCGAUAGAAAGGAGGGGAGAGUGUCAAGACGUGCUCAGUUGCGUUCAGUAGCAGCGGAGAAGAGGACGUUUUUAUCUGCUUUUCUGCUCGGUCGCGCACAAGCUGAGUCAGAAGGGAAUAAUAAGAGCAGGUGCCAGCCCCCUUCUCCGGCCUUGACUCCCGUUGUGUUCUCACCCAGACGCUGUGAGGGCGACAUCAUGGUUUGGUGGUUCCACAGAGACAUCACAGGCCUACAGGCCGAGGACUUGCUCAAGACUCAGGGUAUUGCUGGCAGCUUUCUGGCUCGACCCAGCAAAAAGAAUGUUGGGGAUUUCUCUCUUUCUGUCAGGGUGGGCGAACACGUGACCCACAUCCGCAUCCAGAACACGGGGGACUACUAUGACCUCUACGGCGGGGAGAAGUUCGCCACGCUGUCUGAGCUGGUGGAGUACUACACGGCCGACAACGGCAUCCUGCAAGACAAGGACGGCACAGUCAUCGAGCUCAAAUACCCACUCAACUGCUCCGACCCUACCACCGAGAGGUGGUAUCACGGCCACCUGUCUGGUCCAAACGCAGAGAAGAUGCUGAUUGCUCGGGAUGAGUCGGGCACCUUCCUGGUCAGAGAGUCGCUAUCCAAACCGGGAGAUUUUGUCCUGUCGGUUCUGACGGACGAGCGGGGCAAAACGGGGGCGAGGAGGGUGUCCCACAUCAAGAUCAUGUGUCAGAAUGAGCAGUACACUGUGGGAGGCUCUGAGAUGUUUGACACACUCAGCGACUUAGUGGACUUCUACAAAUUUAAAGGCAUCGAGGAGAUUUCUGGGAACUGGGUGCACCUCAAACAACCGUAUUACUCCACCAGAGUGAACGCGGCCGACAUCGACAGCCGAGUGAAACAACUGGACCAGACCACAACCAUGCAGCAGGAGGCCGAUUGCGGGAAAAGCAAGGCGGGUUUCUGGGAGGAGUUUGAUGCUCUUCAAAAGUUGGAGGCAAAGGUGAAAAAGAGUCGAGAGGAAGGCCAGAGACCUGAGAACAAGACCAAAAACAGAUACAAGAAUAUUCUUCCUUUCAAUGACACCAGAGUCAUCCUGCAGGACGCUGACCUCAAUGUUGUGGGGUCAGAUUACAUCAACGCCAACUACAUGCGAAACACCUUGUGGGAGUCGGAGAAUCAGAAAGUUUACAUCGCCACUCAGGGUUGCCUGGCAACGACCGUCGACGACUUCUGGCAGAUGGUGUGGCAGGAGAACACCAGGGUCAUUGUGAUGACAACGAGGGAGGUGGAGAAAGGGCGGAAUAAAUGUGUUCCGUACUGGCCCGAGAGCGAGAGCUCUAAGGAGGUGGGCCGCUACGUGGUGACCUCCAAGUCGGAGUGGGAAGCAGCCGAUUACAAAGUCCGAGUCUUGGAGGUGACGCUCAAGCCCAAACAUUCCCGCACCGUGUGGCACUACCAGUACCUGAGCUGGCCUGACCACGGCGUCCCCCAAGAGCCCGGCGGUGUCCUCAGCUUCCUUACACAAGUGAACGCCAAACAGGCUGAAUAUCCCGCUGCCGGUCCGAUGAUCAUCCACUGCAGCGCUGGGAUUGGUCGGACGGGCACCAUUGUGGUGAUUGACAUGAUCAUUGAGACCAUCAACACGAUAGGUCUAAACUGUGACAUCGACAUCUCCAAGUACAUCCAGAUGGUGCGCGGGCAGCGCUCUGGCAUGGUGCAGACCGAGGCCCAGUACAGGUUCAUCUACCUGUCCGUAUCAGAGUACAUACAGACCACCAAGGUCAAAGACAGUGCCUCCAUGGAGGCUGAGACAGAGUAUGAAAAUUUACGGCUCAAACACCCCCCGGUGAGCAGAAACAUCACAAAAUACCAGGAUUUGGAUGUGUACGAGAAUCUGAGCAAAGCAAAGAAAGACAAGAAGCCAAAGUCAGACAAGAAAAGUGGCUCAUUAAAGAAAAAAUAAGUUUUUUUUUUUUUUUUUUUUUUUUUUAAAUAUUUUUAAGUCAUCUUGUGUUAUUUAUGUCGGCCCAUGUUGCCUUUCACAACACAAACAAGCGGAAAUGCUUCAGCAUAAUUGGAAGACCACAACACAGUGACGCGCUCAAAAUGAGGAAAAUACAACUAUAACUUUACAGUCACAUUUCAAUGUGUACUGAACUAGUAUUUUACAUGUGCUGUUUUGUUUUACACUUUAAACUGCUACUGAAUUCCUCACAUGUACAAUAAAAAUGAACACAAGGAACCACUGAGAAUGUGAGUUUCUGUUAACAUAGAGUUUAAAGGUCCCGUAUUUUGGAUAUUUUGACCUCCGAGUGACUGUCUAACAUGGAGUUUGUAUAAAAGUGCCAAUUUCAUAAAAAAAAAAAAACAACAACUUAAUUUUGUCAUACAAGUGUCCAGAAAAGGCCCCUCUGACAGCUACUUCUGUUUGAUGCAGUUUUGCAUCCGCUUUGUCCAUAUUUGGCUAAGACCACACCCAUUUGGUUGACUCUGUGCAGAAGACCCACUUAUGAGAGCACACGUGUUUGUUAUGUUGACAGUGCUGGCUCGAGAGCGGGUUAGGGUUAGGUAGGCGGAGAUCUUCGCUAGUGACGUAGAUAAGCUUGAGAAAUUCGAAUGACCUGAUUUCAGGCCUCUUGGCAGAAAAACGUCGAACUCAAAAAUGCGUGGACAAAGUGGAACGUGUUCUGUGGUCCGACGAGUCCACAUUUCAAAUUGUUUUGGGAAAUUGUGAACGUCGUGUCCUCCGGGCCAAAGGAGAAAAGAACCUUCCAGACUCUUAUGGACGCAAAGUUCAAAAGCCAGCAUCUGUGAUGGUAUGGGGCUGUUAGUGCCAAUGGCAUGGGUAACUUACACAUCUGUGAAGGCACCAUUAAUGCUGAAAGGUAUAUAAAAGUUUUGGAGAAACAUAUGCUGCCAUCCAAGCAGCGUCUUUUUCAUGGACGCCCCUGCUUAUUUCAGCAAGACAAUGCCAAACCACAUUCUUCACGUGUUACAACAGCGUGGCUUUGUAGUAAUAGAGUGCGGGUACUAGACUGGCCUGCCUGCAGCCCAGACCUGUCUCCGAUUGAAAAUGUGUGACACAUUAUGAAGCGUAAAGUACGAAAACGGAGACCCCGGACUGUUGAACAGCUGAAGCUGUACAUUCAGCAAGAAUGGGAAAGAAUUCCAUCUACAAAGCUUCAACAAUUAGUGUCCUCAGUUCCCAAAUGUUUUUGAAUGUUGUUAAAAGAAAAGGUGAUGUAACACAGCGGUAAACAUGACCCUGUCCCAGCUUUUUUGGAACGUGUUGGAGCCAUAAAAUUCUAAGUUAAUGAUUAUUUGCUAAAAACAAUAAAGUUGAUCAGUUUGAACAUUAAAUAUCUUGUCUUUGUAGGGUAUUCAAUUAAAUAUAGGUCGGACAUGAUUAGCAAAUCAUUGUAUUCUGUUUUUAUUUAUGUUUAACAUAAUGUCCCAAUUUCAUUGGAAUUGGGGUUGUAUAUGGGACAUUUAAAUGCCAAUGUAAAUAAAUAACCACAUUGGGUUGUUUCAA